AUGUUCAGCAACCUCAAACCCCUAAUCCUCUACGGUCACCGCCCAGGCCCCAACCCAGUCAAAGUCCUCAUCCUCCUCAACGAACUCUCCCUCCCCUACAAGAUCAACGAAGUCCCCUUCACCGAAAUCAAGAACCCCCCCUACCUAUCCCUCAACCCCAACGGCCGCCUCCCAACCCUUCACGACCCAAACACAGGCCUCACACUCUGGGAAUCCGGCGCAAUAAUUGAAUAUCUUGUCGACCGGUACGACGCCGCCCGCCGUCUGAGUUUCGAACCAGGAACCCCGGAUUUCUACCUCGCGAAGCAGUGGUUGCAUUUCCAGAUGUCCGGUCAGGGCCCGUACUACGGGCAGUUGGCGUGGUUUCGGAAGUUCCAUCAGGAGCAGUUGCGGAGUGCCAUUGAACGGUAUGCGAAGGAGGUUAAUCGGGUCACUGGGGUUUUGGAGGGGUGGUUAGAGAAGCAGGCUUCUGCUGAGGGUAAAGAGGGGGAUGGACCGUGGCUUGUUGGGGCCAAGCUGUCGUAUGUGGAUUUGGCAUUUGUGCCGUGGCAGAGGGCGAUUGGGGUUAUGGUUUCGACGACGGAUUACGAUCUUGAGAAGUUUCCGUUUGUGAAGGGGUGGUUGGAGAGGAUGUUGGAGAGGGAAGCUGUUAAGGUUGGGAUUGAGGGGGAGAAGAAGUAG